AUGGUUCUGUACAAGCGCAAACCGGUUCAAUACCUGCCGCGACCUGUGAUUGAGGAUGAAAGCUCAGAGGUCUGGGUAAUUCCCGAGACCAAUGAGGUCUUUACGAGUUAUGAGCCAUACCUCCAACGGAUGGAUUUCUACAAAUCCCGUCGAUUCAUCUGCGAGAUAACUGGGCACUCAGGCAUGACAUUUUUUGAGGCUUUGCGAAGUGAGCUUGAGGAAUCCCGCGAGGUCAACAAUAGUUUCCCAGAAGCAUUGAAGGAACCCAUCCUCCGUCGCAUCCAGUUCUCAACAACGUCGAGAGUUGAUAACCUGGUGGACGAGAUCUACGAAGAAUUUAAAUCAGACUUCUACCCGGGAGAGCCUGUCCUAAUUCUCUUGGAAGACAACAGCCGGAUUCAUGGCACGAUUAGGGAUAAAGCCAACUUCCCAGAGCAGCUUUAUGCGGACGGCACCAUCAAGACCCCCGCAUACGCGAGGUAUUUGGUGAAAAUCUCUGAUCGACCAAAUGAAGAGGCCCUCCUGGACCAAGAUCACAUCACCCGGGAUCGGAAAUCCUUCACAAAGUUGAUGCUUCGGGGGUUCAUCAAGAACAAUGUGACGCGAGAGUCUUGGACAGGUGCUCCGUGGCUGGUGAAAGCGUCCGUCGCGGAAGAAUACAAGAUCUCCACGGAGGUACCUAAGCACUUGCAGUAUGGUGCCAAGGUAGCGGAGAAGAAGGCGAUGAAAAAGGCAGACCAAGAUGGUUUCUUUGGAUUCUUUUCAUCUCAGCAACUCCCAGAACUCAAGCCUGCAGUGAAAGGGCAGAAGUUCAAGCCCUCUGCCCAUGACCAUGCCAAAACCCGCGAGGCACAAUACUUGGAAUAUCAGCGUUCGCUCAAUGGGAACCCAACUUUCCUACCACCGGGCAAUCCUCUUCGCCCCACGAAACCGCCACUGGUCGGUUACAAGAAAGCACCACACCCGGCGGUCAUUGUGAAGGAGGAAUCGCGGCCACCCACACCUCCACCCAUUAAGUAUCCCAUCGAAGAUUUGGAGAUUGCUCCUAACAAAGACAAGAAUCAUCGCCCGACUCUAAAAUUCUUGAUGGUGGGAGACACCGAUGAUGAUGGAUCCGAGGACCUGCUGCCUGAUGACGUGGAACCUGAAUCCGUGGGAUUGCUUCUUGAAACCUGGAAUACACUCAACGUCUACUGCGAAGUAUAUCAGCUCGACUCAUUCACCUUUGACGACUUUGUGCAGGCCAUGAGAUUCUCAUCGGAAGUCACCGACUGCGAGCUGUUUGUGGAAAUUCACUGCGCUCUUCUCAAGACAUUAGUGGACUCGGAAUUCCACGGGGGCGCUGCCCGAAUCUCACUGCCCGAAAUCCCAUCUGAAACUUCUGAUGAUUCCGAGGGAUCAGAUGAGGGAGAGAAUGAAGAGAGCGCCGAUGAGGAAGAACAAGAAGACCCCGCACCAGCAAGGAGAAUGACCACCCGCAGUAGCCUGGCAAAGCAAGAGGCCCAAGAGCUCAAAGCACAACAAAUGGAAGAACCCGAGGGGAAUGAACGGAUCCACCGAGCUGAUGAAAUGUUUGAUGAGUACAGCUGGAUUGAUCGCCUUCGACGUCGCGAUUUCCGUGAUGGUGGAUGGGAGAUGGUGAUGAUCGGCCUUUUGAAUCAGCUGUCUGUUCGUCCUCGCCUUCAGCAGACCUGCAAUGAGGUCCUGAAGCACUUGGCGCCUAUCGACGAGCCCCCCACACAGCAAACAGCGAGAGAUCAAUAUCGAACUUUGGACAUCAAUCUGCGAGUGAAGGCUCUCGAAAUCAUCUGCAUGCUGAGUCUCGAGACGAAGGCCAUUCGGAACUACAUGGAAGAAUGCAACCUUCAGAUGACAGAGUCUCGCAAGGUGCGAAUCGAGCAUCAGAAGGCCCGCAAGGCUGCUGUCCAUGACCUAAGACAGCUCCAUCAGGAGCGCAAGGCACUUCAGCCGGAACAGGAGAAGACCGCUGAGAAAUCUCCAACGCCUGUGCCCGAGAUUGACGGGCUCGAUGAUUCCCGAAUGACUGGUCUGGAUGGCGAUUCCGAGAUGCCCGUAGAUACAGAUGACGAAGACAUGCACCUGACGCGGUCCCUCCGCGGCGGUGCAGAUCGCGCUGCUGAACGAAAACGCAAACAAGAAGAAGAGCGGGAACGAAAGGAGCAAUUGGCCAAGCAGCCCAAAGGCUCCAAGCAAUAUCAGCGCGUCCUGAAAAAGAUCGAGGACCAGAAGGCCAAGAUUCGGAAGAUUGAAGAGAAGAUCGAAUCCGUCGAGAGUGACCUUCGCGAGGCCGACUGUCCUCGUACCAAGUGCCUCGGCUUGGACCGCUUCUGCAACCGAUAUUGGUGGUUUGAGCGCAACGCAAUGCCUGUUAGCGGUAUGCCAGAUAGCUCUACAGCUGAUGCUGGGUACGCGAACGGCCGCCUUUGGGUCCAAGGUCCCGAUGAGAUGGAACGCGCUGGCUUUAUCGAGCUCACCGAUGAGCAACGCAAGCAGUACCAGAAACAAUUCCAUACAACGCCCGCCGAGCGCAAGAAGCACGAAGAGGGUCCCACUCAUGUGUCAAGCGCUCGAGAGUGGGGUUACUACGACGACCCUGAGACCGUUGAGCAGUUGAUCCAGUGGAUGGACACUCGAGGACACCGAGAGAGCAAGCUCGUGAAAGAACUUCGCCUCCAGCAGCACGCCAUCACCAAGUCCAUGGAAAAGCGUCGGACGUACCUGACUUUGAGUGCCCAGCGCGCGGAAUCGGAGGAACUCCCAACCAAGCGAGUGACUACGCGUCAAAAAACGUAUGUCGACGUGAAUGAGCAUCGUCUCCGCUGUCUACGGUGGCACAACGGCACAUCCUUGAGCGAGAACGGCCAUCUUCACGUUGACCCUGAGCGGCCCGCCAAGCGGCAAAAGCGGAACGUUGACGACACGCGCGGUGGCCGAGGCACACGAGGCAAGACGCUCAACCGUCGGGGCUCACGACGUGGAAAUUGA